AUUUGGUUCCCUUGUAUUUGCGUCGUGUUAAGCAGGGCUCACUGUGUGCCGGACACAGUAUUCGCUACUUUUAGCAACCGAGAAGGUUCGUCAUUGGGAAUGGCCGGAAAAGCUGCUGCAACUUCGACGACCUACUCGCCGUCUUCGACCACCGAGAAAACCAAGGCUCCUAUUUUCAAUGAAGAUUGGGUCCGCCGACCCGAUGGCCGUGGCUUUCACCAGUGCAGGCCCGCUUUUUUCAGAACUGGUGCUGUGAAUGCUGCCUCUGGAUCUGCUUAUGCAGAGUUUGGGAGUACCAAGGUCAUUGUAUCCGUGUUUGGGCCAAGAGAGAGUAAGAAGGCCAUGAUGUACAGUGACAUAGGGCGUCUAAAUUGCAAUGUAAGCUUUACAACAUUUGCAACUCCAAUUCGUGGCCAGGGAUUGGACAAUAAAGAGUACACUGCGAUGCUUCAUAAAGCUUUGGAGGGUUCAAUAAUGUUGGAAACUUUUCCCAAGACCACCGUGGAUGUUUUUGCAUUGGUACUGGAAUCUGGUGGCAGUGAUCUCCCAGUUGUCAUAUCAUGUGCUAGCCUUGCCCUAGCAGAUGCUGGAGUAAUGAUGUAUGACCUUGUUGCCUCAGUUUCUGUGAGUUGUCUCGGUAAGAACCUUGUUAUUGAUCCUAUUUUGGAGGAGGAAAGCUGUCAAGAUGGAAGCUUAAUGAUAACUUGCAUGCCUUCUCGUUAUGAGAUCACCCAGCUCACUGUCACCGGGGAUUGGUCCACCCCAAAGAUUAACGAGGUACGGUUAUAAUAUGUUCUUGAAAUU